UCGGUGGGCAAGAUGGCUACAGCCGGUGUGGGGCGGUUAGAAGAAGAGGCGCUGCGGCGAAAAGAACGGCUGAAGGCCCUACGGGAGAAAACUGGGCGCAAGGACAAGGAAGAUGGGGAGCCAAAAUCCAAGCAUCUUAGAAAAGAGGAGGAGGAAGAGGGCGAGAAGCACAGGGAACUCAGGCUGAGGAACUAUGUCCCAGAGGAUGAGGACCUGAAGAGGAGGAGGGUACCCCAGGCCAAACCAAUCGCAGUGGAAGAGAAGGUGAAGGAGCAGCUGGAGGCCGCCAAGCCAGAGCCUGUCAUUGAGGAAGUGGACCUGGCCAACCUCGCUCCCCGGAAGCCUGAUUGGGACCUCAAGAGAGACGUGGCCAAGAAGCUGGAGAAACUAGAAAAACGGACGCAGAGAGCCAUUGCUGAGCUGAUCCGUGAGAGAUUGAAAGGCCAGGAGGACAGCCUGGCCUCUGCAAUGGAUGCCACUGCUGAACAGGAAGCCUGCGACUCCGACUGA